AUGUGGAGCCUUCAAGCAACCACUUCGGUGCUGCUUCUGCUAGCUAGCUUUGCGGCCGGACAACAGAGCCUGCUGCCUGUUAUACAAACGACGUCAGGUCCGGUCCAGGGAUAUUUGGAUACGAACACCACCCCGGUCUCUUUGAACAAAUGGCUGGGCAUGCGUUUCGCAGCCGACACGUCUGGAGCAAAUCGGUGGCUGCCCCCUCAACCCGUCGCGCGGGACCCGAGCACGGUAUUCGAUGCCACAGCCUACGGCCCAGCGUGCAUUCAGGGCGUAUACAACGGUUAUAACGGGACGUCGGUGCAGAGCGAAGAUUGCUUGAGGGUCAAUGUUAUCGCUCCAGCUAACAAUACGGGUCUGCUCCCCGUCUAUGUUUGGAUUACGGGAGGAGGCUUCAAUAGUCAAGCUGCUUCCAAUCCGCAGGUUGACGGGUCUCACCUCGCAGCGACUGGUAUAGUAUUCGUCAGCUUCAAUUACCGGCUCGCACUCUUCGCAUUCCCGCAUUCAUCGGAGAUGGCACCUGGAACGCAAAACCUAGCUCUGCUCGACACGCGUGCUGCUGUUGAGUGGACUCGAGACAAUAUCAUUGCAUUUGGUGGUGACCCCAGCCACAUAGUCCUCGGAGGUGAAUCAGUCGGCGCAGAGAUGACUAAUUACUAUGUCUCGUAUUACAAUGAAUACUACGGGCACGAGCCUCUUAUUAUCGGUGCUAUCAUGCAGGUGAAUCAAGCGUCCCAACCUAUGUAUCCUGGGGACCAACAGCUCGCGAUUGUGGCGUCAAAUGAUACGGUCAAUUGCCCUACCGGUGCCGGGAUGUUGGAGUGCCUGCGCACGAAGGAUGCCUUCCUGCUGAAGUCCGUAGCCCUGGCCACGAAUGCACAAUUCCAGCCCGUCAUCGAUAACAUCACAAUAUUCAAGGAUUAUGUCCUUCAGACGAAGCAAGGUUCCGUAGGCAGAUUCCCGAUGCUGAUCGGGACGAAUCGAGACGAGGGUACUCUAAUUAUCAAUGGCGAGCCGACUGCUUAUUGGCCAAAUAUUACUGGUUAUGCGAAAUCGACUAACCUCAACCUGCCAUGGGCGAACCUCUCUGUGCUCGAGGACAUCUAUCCGACACCCUCCGUGCAAUAUCCAUAUGGCUUCAAUGCUUCAGCUGCCAUGUGGCGAGACGCCCACAUGCGUUGCCUCGUUAGCAACCUUGGGCUUUGGCGUACCUACGCCCUCGGAGAGCCUGUUUGGCGGUAUGAAUUUGACCUCGUAGCAGCAAAUCUGAAUUCGUUGGGAGUGUCGAUCGGGACGUUCCACGGUUCGGACAUCCGAUUCGUCUUCGGUAACUGGGCUGAGAUCCAAUUGGACGCGCCCUAUGAGCCCGCAACUCCAUUUGAGAUCGGAGUCUCUAAUUUGAUGGUGACGGCCUGGACCAACUUCAUCAAGAACCCUUGGGCCGGGCCGCAGAUCCCUGGCUGGUAUCUGUACGACCCUGCCAAUACCACUACCUUGGCGAUCCUGGGAAACUCAACGACGGAGGCACUUCCCGGCGAUCAUUUUACCGGAGACGCGUCUUGUGCGUAUUGGAAUACCAUUUUGCCGCUGUUUCCCCAGACAUUCCCGGCAUGCGGCACAUGGACUUGCUCUUAGGAGAGCACCUCUACAUGAUACUAUAGGCUUCGGCUGGCUGCAUACGCGAUUUAUGUACCUACAGCCGCCAUACAGGAGCAUAUCACCAUCGAUGUAGCACGUCUCACUAGUGUUAUGCACUACUAGUAUGGAAAAGCAGUGGACCGCUAGGACCUCUGGAGGUUUGCUCGGCUUCCAAGUUCAAGGAUUCCUUUCGUCCUACA